AUGUACCUGGUCACACUGAUCAGAAAACUGCUCAUCAUGCUGGCUGUCAUCUCUGACUACAAAUUCCACACCCCCAUGUACUUCUUCCUCUCCAAUCUGUCCUUUGUGAGUAUAUAUUUCACCUCCACCACAGUCCCAAAGAUGAUUGUGGCCAUCCUGACACAGUGCAGAGUCAUCUCUUAUGUGGGCUGCCUGACACAGAUGUCUCUGCUUAUUAUUUCUGGAUGUAUGGAUGACAUGCUUCUGACUGUGAUGGCCUAUGAUUGGUUUGUGGCCAUCUGUCACCUCCUGCAUUACCCAGUUAUUAUUAGCCCUCAACUCUGUAUCUUCCUAGGUUUUUUUUUCAUGUAUUUUGCUAGAGCUUUUGGAUUUACAGCUGCACACUUUGAUUGUCUUGAAGUUCACAUUUUCAAUGAUGUUUUAAUUUCCCACUUCUGCUGUGAACCUGCUCAACUCCUUAAUAUAGAUUGUAGUGAAAACGUGUUUUUUUCUAUCUUGAUAAUCCUAUUAUUAUAA